AUGUGGCCACUUAUGGUUUUCUAUGGAAUUUCUAUUAUCUCACUUCCUCUCUAUAUUUUGGUGUUUGCCUGUCUUUUACGUCUUCGGUGUGUUUCUGCCACUUACAAUACGACUUUCUAUUCAAUUUUGUUGCAUCACGUAAGUUGA